CAGCAGCAAAAGCAGGUGACGGGUUAUCUCCUGUUCUCGCUGGGCACGGCUGUCAUCGGCUCGCUGCAGUUUGGAUACAACACAGGAGUCAUCAAUGCUCCAGAGGGGAAACUACGAUCUUUCUUCAACGACACCUGGAUGGAGCGUUACGGCGUAGAAAUCCAGCCGGGCGUCUGCACCGUCGUCUGGAGCGUCACCGUCGCCAUCUUCAGCGUGGGCGGCAUGGUGGGCUCGUUCAGCGUCGGCGUCAUGGCCAACAGAUUCGGCAGACGUCGCUCCAUGUUCCUGGUGAACUCUCUGGCAGUGAUCGGCGGCCUCCUCAUGGGCUUCUCCACCAUUUGCUCCUCCUAUGAGAUGGUGAUCGCCGGCCGUCUGGUCAUCGGUCUGUUCUGCGGACUCUUCACCGGCUUGACUCCCAUGUACGUGGGCGAGGUGUCACCCACUCCCCUCAGAGGAGCCUUCGGGACUCUGCACCAGCUCGGUGUGGUGGUGGGAAUCCUCAUCGCUCAGGUGUUUGGUCUGGAGGCUCUGCUGGGCUCAGCCAAACUGUGGCCCCUGCUCUUGGCCCUCACUGUGGCCCCUGCCGUGCUGCAGUGCAUCCUGCUGCCCUUCUGUCCCGAAAGCCCCCGCUUCCUGCUCAUCAACCUCAAACAGGAGGAGCAGGCACGCAAAGCGCUGGUGCGUCUGCGUGGGAGCGAGGAUGUGAGUAAAGACCUGCAGGAGAUGAAGGAGGAGAGCGCUAAGAUGGCCAUGGAGAAGAAGGUGACCAUCCCCGAGCUUUUCCGUUCUGCGGCGUACCGGCAGCCCCUCCUCAUCGCCGUCAUGCUGCAGCUCUCCCAGCAGCUGUCAGGGAUCAACGCUGUGUUCUACUACUCCACAGGGAUCUUCGGCUCAGCUGGUGUGAAACAGCCCAUCUACGCCACGAUCGGAGCCGGCAUCGUUAACACCGUCUUCACCGUUGUUUCUCUGUUUCUGGUGGAGAAGGCGGGACGAAGGUCUCUGCACCUCUUGGGUCUCGGUGGGAUGGCGGUCGCCGCUCUGAUCAUGACCGUCUCCCUCCUGCUGAAGGACAAGGCCUUCAUGAGCUCCUUGGCCAUAUUCGGCGUCAUGCUGUUCGUGGCUAUGUUUGAGUUGGGCCCCCCGGUCCAAUCCCAUGGUUUCAUUGUGGCCGAGCUGUUCUCCCAGGGGCCCCGCCCGGCAGCCAUGGCUGUGGCCGGCUGCUGCAAAUUGACGGCCAACUUCAUAGUUGGAAUCAGCUUCCCAAAACUAGCGGAAGUGUUAGGGCCUUGGGUCUUCCUCAUCUUCCUCGGCUUCCUCAUCCUCUUCUUCAUCUUCACUUUCUUAAAAGUCCCGGAGACCAAGGGCAAGACCUUCGACGAGAUCGCCCGCGAAUUCAGCGGCGCCCAACCUCCCACCUCCGCUUCUAUCGAGGACCCUCCUCCCAGCGCCGCCACGACGGUCCCCGCCUCACCGGUGAAGGAGAAAGUCCCGCUGGUGGAGGCGGCGGCGGCGGCCGCAGCAGCACCGUCUGCAGCAGCUGAGAGCACGCCGCUCGACGAUAAAUCAAAAUCAACAGUACAGGAGAGUGUGUAG